GCGGUCACGGGAGUGUUUUUCACUUGCAGAUUGCUGCUGAAAUGAGGAAGUCGCUCUUGAUCAUGAAAAAGAGCAGCUCACUGACAAAACUGCUUUGAGUGCUGAGCUCCUGAUGCCCAGCCUUGAGCGUCCUCCGCAUCCCACCAGGCACCGUGACGUAAGCGCCCUGCCGACAAACUGAGGGGAAGGAUAGGGCCAUUCAGCAUUUAGAUUUGAGACUUCCUGCCCCUGUAGUGUUACAGCAAGCUUCCUCGCCUACAAGUCGGAGACAGAGAUCUGCGCAGGAAGAAAGCGUGAGUCAGGGACAGGGCUGACCUUCCAGCCUGACCUACCUGGAGUCUCACAGACAGGGAGAUAGUACGUUCUCUGUCACAAACUUAAGUUGCUGAUGGUAUCUGGCCUGUAGAUCAGCCACACUGACUGAGAAAAGCAAGUUCAGAGAAUGUAGCACUUAAAUGAAGUAGCAGGGGUCACCAUGGUCUCCAACGAUGGGACUUGCGAUUACAACAUGACACAGUGGGAGAAGCGCAUGGACCACCUAUACACCUACUUCUACUUGUUCAUCUUCAUCCCUGGGUUGCUGGGAAACAGCCUGGCACUGUGGGUGCUCUGCCGUUUCAUCAGAAAGAAGACCAAAGCAAUCAUCUUCAUGAUCAACCUGGCCAUCGCUGACCUGGCACAUGUGCUCUCUCUCAUCCUUCGCAUCUACUACUACCUGAGUCACACAUGGCCCUUCGGCAAAGUGAUGUGUCUGCUUUGCUUCUACUUGAAAUACCUCAACAUGUACGCUGGCGUGGUGUUCCUCACCUGCAUCAGCAUCCAGCGCUGUGCCUUCCUCAUUCAUCCCUUCUGCGCCAAAAAGUGGGCGCGACGCUACGAUGUGCGCAUCAGCGCCGUUGUUUGGUUCGUCGUGGGCCUCUGCUGCACGCCCUUCAUCCUGAUGCGCAGCAGCAGUGCUGGCUCCUCCAGUGGCAAUGAAACAUCCAGCUGCUUCAAGGACCUGCCCAUACGCAAGGUCUCCUUGCACAUGACCGUGUCCAUGCUGACGUUCUCAGAAGUGUCGGGGUUUGUCAUCCCAUUGGCCAUCAUCAUAUUCUGCUCGUUCCGCAUCGCUUGCUCCCUGCGCCAGUUCAAUGAGCGCCAGCAGAUGAGCGACAAAAACAAAGCCCUGCGGAUGGUCCGCGUGUGCGCCGCUGUCUUCCUCUUCUGCUUCGCACCCUACCACAUCAACUUCCCUUUGUACAUUCUGGUCACCCAGGGGGUGAUCACCAACUGCUCGCUGGGGCAAGCUGUCAAGCAGUUCCACCCCAUUUCCCUCUGCAUUGCCAGCCUUAACUGUUGCCUGAACCCCAUCAUCUACUACUUCCUCACCACAGAGUUCCGCCAGCAGCUCUCCCGCCAGGGCAGCUCCAUCCUGCGGGGGAGGCUCAUGAGCCUGGAGAGCACCUCCUCGCUGUAGGAGCACACAGGGACCUAGAAGAGCGAGCCAGCAGCACUGAGGGAGUUGGGACCAUCAUCAUUUAGAGAUAGUGCUCCUUCGUGGGCAGUAGAAACCAUGUGCCAUGGGUGCAAAGAGCUGAGUGAAACUCAGUGGCGACAUUUCCAGUCUCGUUUUUAUACAGACUUAUUUGGAAGAGGUGGAGGAUUAUACAGGUGAUUGCUUUAAGCGAAGUAGCAGCCACAGCAGCAGUACAGAAUCGCACGUGUGAAUGGCUGCCGAGCAGAGUGUGUGUCCACAAGCACAGAAAUACAAGUCACAUUCGCUAAAAUACAGCACAAAUGUACAUUUUGAACACACACACACACACACACACAAAACACAAUAUGAAAGCAUACAACACGCACACACACAACACCAACGGUGGGCUGAAGAAGCUUUGGAGACCUUGAAAUAAUGUUGUAAAAUGUCAGCAUAAGCUAUUUUUAGUGUUUUUAAUUUCUGCCUUGCAAAGUCAUGUACAGUAAAACUAUAGGAAGUUGAGCCAAAGUGGAAAUUUCAUUAAAGCACUUAUAUUCCCAUGCAUAUUGGUUUAAAAAAGGAGGUUAAAGUGAAUUUAAUAUGAUUAAUAUGGUACUGCAUUAGAAGGACAGCUGAUGUUUUGACAAUAUAGUUCAAAUGGUUUGUUUUUAUGGCUUUGCUGCACAAGUGUUACAUGUGCAGUGUGCUGCUCUCUUUGUGUAGAAUAAAACUGUAAGGGAUUGUGGGGAAUUCUAGUGUAAGCUAAACACGCCAAAGUGCUGUUGACACACUAAUUGCAGAACAAAAACAGUUUACGGGGCAUGCCACGUUGCCGUAGAUACGCCGCAAGGCCAACCCACAACAUGUGGCUGUAGGUGCUCUGUGGCCAUACAUCAGGGCACACCUGAAUACUGGACACGCCUUUGACAGGUGUGCAGCCAGGAGGCCUGAGUGGGGGGGAGUGAUUGUGCUGAGCAUGUGGUAAUCCCCUGCUUUGUGGGUGUGAUCCAAGACCGAGACCGCUGCCUUCUAUCACACGUGGGUGAGGCUGGGCUGGGGAGGGAGGUGACACACCACCCCUCUGCAGCUGCGCAGCCGGUAAAGGGAAUGUUUACUCUGCACAGUGUCGGUGGCCCCUGAGUUCUAACUGUCUGUGACACUUAUCGGGUGCCAUAUCAGAGCAAACGGUUUUUUCUUGUCUACCCAUGGGCGGAGAACAGUUUAUGAUUCAUUCUUCUGUAAGCUUCUUAUAUGGUGAGCUACUGUCGAGAGGCACAUGGCGCCUCUGGUCUUAUCAGUAUAUUUCACUUUUCUGUAUUCUUUCGUCAUGCAAAGCUACUCGAUGUAAGUGUAACUUUCUAGGCAUUGGCCAACGGCACAAUAAAAUGC